CCCUGCCUACGGGUUGACGUCAGAGGGCGUGGCCACACAAAGGACAGAGGGGACUCCACAAUGGGAGACAGUUUUCAUGAGCAGCUGAUAGAGGACAGCGCCUUCCUCAGAGCUGACCGGAGACUUGACACGGAGCUGGUGGACAAACUCAUUCUGCAGCUCAACAGAAUCUACCCGCAGAUCCUCACAGACAAGGAGGCCACCAAAUUCCGAAACUUGGACGUGCCCACAAGUGUUCAGUUGGGUGAGCUCCUGACACACCUGCAGGAGAAAGGAGAGGAAGCCUGCAGGGAGUUUUACAGAGCCCUUCACCUGCAUGUAGAGGAGGUAUACUUCAGCUUGCCCACACGGCUCCGCCUCAGAGAUUCCUUAGAUCCGCUCAAAUAUCGACGUGUCUACCACCAGAGAUAUGUUCUGAAUGACAGAGGUCCCCUCUUCUUUCUGGGUUGUUUCAGCGUCGCAGUGGGAAUGGCUUUGCUCUAUUACUACAGUGAGGCUAAAGUGACGGGAGGUAGCCGGGCCCUUGGGAUGGCUACUCUGGGUUUGCAAAGAAAGGCUCAGGAGGUUCUCAUAUGGUACACUGAAGAAAGCCUCAUGAAGUGAAUGAAGUGAUGAAGGGGUGACUCCCUCACACCAGGUGCUUCCCCAGAGCUGCUCUUAUGAAAGCUACUUAUACCAAAGCACAGCACAAUAUAUCUUUUCCCAAGAGUUGAAUACUAAUUUUGUACACAGUUGUAUAUAUUGUUUUGCUUGUGAUCUGAAAUGGGAAAGACAGAGCAAAUUCAUAGUUACAUUUGGCACAAUGCUCUUAUUUCCUUAUAUGCUGAUACCUAUUUAAGUGGGUUAAAGGGAUCGUAUACUUUAGAGGGAUAAUCACAGAGAUCAAAAGCAAGCUCAUUAAACAAGGUGUUUGCUACAGUCUUCAAAUGUGGCAUAAAGCAGCUUUUACAAACCAAUUAAACGAGAAAAACUGACUGCAUUAGUGACAAAAUGUUGCUAAAAUAACAAAAUAUUGAAACUUGGUGUUACAUUAUUAACUAUAUAGGAUCAGCCUACAAUAUAAAGCAACAACCUUCAACGUAUUUGCUUAAUUACACUUUGGUGUGAAAACUCAUAUCAACAUUUUUCAACAUUUUAUUUUUGCUCAGACAGCACUUCUUUGCCAUGUGCAUUUAUUUGGGUAAUUUGAGAAUUACUCUUUCUUUUCUGCUCAGUUAUCCCCCAACUCAGAAACGAGGAUUAGUGUCAGCGGGUACAAUCAAUGGUGCAGUCCAUGACACCCAGCUCUUUGUAGAACAUAACCGCCCUCUUGUGGACAAAAGUGACUUCACCAAACACAGUCCGGCUUCUGUUGGUUUCGUAAGAGCUUCCCGAAAUUUUGCUGCUCACAGUUAGACAAAAAGGAGAUACUCAUGUGAACAGGCAGGAAUACUGUGGAGCGAUGUCCGUAUGGUUACUUCAGACGCGUUUAUAGCAUAGACUGUAUUUAAAAAGGUUUAUAGUGAAUUUUGCCAUCACGUGAUUUCUUCUACCAAUGAUGUCCCGCUCUACCAGCGCAGUGCAUCUUGGGUAGAUGAACGACUAAAGCAAAAUGUACAAAUGUCAAUUGAAGAAUGGUAAUAAUGAAGGGUAAACCCAGAUUAGUGUGUUUGAAAUAGAACAAACAGGAGAUUUGUUCAGCUGUAUCUGUAAUGCCAAUACACCGGAAAUUGCACCAUGAGUGAAACCAAGUAUUGUAAGUCAGUAUAUAUAAUGUGACGCGUUGCUUCAUGUAGUCGUGUUGUAUGAAAGGAGAGAAGGUUAGCACUCCCCUUGACAAGGAUGGAAUUGGUCCCUGUGGCCAUCAACACACAUACGGUUAAGGCACUGCCACUUACUUCGUGGCAUCUCUAACCACAUUUUUUCAUCUUUGAAAUCCAUACACACACACGCGCGCACAUAGUUUGUGUGAAACAAUGCCGUACUCCCUUCAUUUCUUAUUCACGGCUCCUGUUUUCACCGUAAGUGCAGACCGGAAACAUGCCAGAAUAUUUCCUCCUCUCUUUGUUCCGCGGGGUCGGACAGGAUGGAAACUUAUUUUUAUAUUUUUCCUGUUGGCUUACAUUAACGUUGGCUCGGUCUGUUGUCUAUCGCAUAGAAGAAAUAGUAGAAGAGGGUUUAAGUAAAUGUCCCACCCCAGCCAUUUAUACAUAAUAUAGUUUUAGUUCUUACUGUGCCUUUUUGACCACUAGGUCUAUAUUGAGACGUUUCUAAUAAGCCUAUUUUAAAUGUGUCUGGCAGUAAAUUAAUUUAACCAUAAAAUGACAGGCAUAUACAAUUUGAUAGUUUUACUCAGGCUGUUUGUAAACAGUUUCUUUUAUAUGUAUCAUAGAGCGCAUAACAAUUACUAUCAUGAUAGUGCUUUUGUUAAACUGUAUUUCUUUGUGGUAUGGUGGUUAAACUUCAGCACAUCUGAUGCCAAUACCAGAAAACAUUUAUGCAACUUGCAUGGUUUGUUGUUAUUCCUUGUACUCAACACUUUUGUAAUAUUGUUCUAUCAAGGAAAUAUUGAUAUUUCUCAUGGUUGUCAAUUAACGUCUCCUCAUUGAGGUCCAGUGCCUGACAUUUAGUCACAUUCUGUGUGUACUGUCAUGUAAAAAUGCCUUAAAUUUACAAGUGCCAUCAUUUGUAGGAUUGAGACUUUUGUCUUUGUACAAUUAAAAAAACAUUGCAUGAUAUGAAUAAACAGGACAGAAAACA